UCGUAAUUCGUAAUUUAUUAAAAAUUUAAACUAAAAUGAAUGUAAAUUCAGAAUCAUUUAAAUCUGUUUUUAAAAAAUUUGAAAAUCCAGAUGUUACUUAUCAAACUUUUGUUAAGAAUUUGGCCAAGGGUCACUUUUUAGUAAAGGCUAUAAUUCAGGAUAUAUUAGAAUGUCAAGACUCCAUGGACACUUUGAAUGAAUUGAAUGAGAAGGGUCGGGCAAAAAUUGCUGCUAUUAGGGAAGAAAUGGAAAAUCUGGAGUCGCAUGCUAAUGAUUCCGGAGACCAAAAGUAUUUCCUUGAAUUAGAAUCGCAAAGACAUUUGUUUGCUAGUCUUUUAAAGGAAUUUAAAGAAGCCAAUAUUAGCAGCAUGUUUGCAAUUGAGAAAGCCCAAAGAGAGGAUCUCUUGAAGACAGACAAGGAUGACGGAGUGAGAAAUAGAAAGAAGAAAGUUGAUAGAGAUGGCAUGUUGAAAAUGUCUUCUGGUGUGACGGAACAGCUACUGUCUAUAAGUCGACAGCUGGCUGCCACCACACAGAGGAGUCAGGACACACUUGAUAACUUGGUCUCAUCCAGUACUACUGUACAUGGAACACAAUCAGAGCUACUUAACACGGGUUCAACAAUCCAGCAGUCGAGCAAGCUUUUGAAGAAGUAUGGCCGUCGCGAGUUCACAGAUAAAGUUAUUAUGUUCUUUGCAUUCCUUUUCUUUUUGGCUGUGUGCCUAUAUAUUGUACAGAAACGACUGUUUUAAUCAAUUAAGUAUUUAUUUACUCUCAUACUAAUAAAAAUAUUCACUUGGCUGGCAACUAAAACAGCUUUAACUGUUUUUGUCUAAAAUUUUGGCCAAGUCAAAAAAAGUCAGCAUAUUUUAGUUAAAUUCUGUGGAAAUAUUUUUAUAAGUAAGGGGGUAUUUCAUUAUUAUGUAAGUAAUAUGGUCUUUAUUUGCUAAAAAAUAUAAAAGACAUGCAGUUUUACAAGUAUUGUAGCUGACUUAGCCAAACUCAUUCAGCAACAUUUUAAAUUUUUUAAUGAGAAACACUAAAGGCAAGACUGCACGAAAGUGACACGAGUCACGACUCACGACACGACGCGACACUUCACGUUCGAUAGAAUUUGCGUUUGUAAAAUGACAUUGGGGCGUUUUAGAAACGUCAAUUGUAUAGAAAGUGAAGUGUCGCGUCGUGUCGUGUUGCAUAGUGCAGUCUCGCCUUUAAGCUUAUGUGACCUCUUCACUUUGAGGCUUGAGCCAAGUCAACAGGCGAAUAUGAAAUUGUAAAGACGUAUCUAACAUGAUACAAUAAUGUGAUUGUCCACCGAUGGCCCGAGGUGUACGCGAAAUAAAGUUUAAAUGUUUACAAUUCAGUUUUUUUAGCUAAAAAUCAUAAUUUUACUACAACUCUGUAAAUACAGUGUC